AUGACAUCGGAGGAACUCGAUAUGAAACUGGCUGCCUAUACCACAGAAGAUCAACCAAAUACUGAUAGAAAAGUCAACAUCGUCAAAGCAGAAGGCAAUUUAAUUGAAAACAUGCCCAUUGUUGAAAGUCGUCCUGAGGCAGAGAAGCAUACUGGAAUUUUCAACAAUCAAUAUGCAGAGCAGUCUGGCAGCAUGUCCACCUUUAUUACAAAGAAUUGUAAAAUGGAAUAA